AUGGCGAAGGGCCGUCGUAAGCGCCAAGCUUACAAUGAUAAAACAUACCCUGGUAAAAGAUGGCCGGACGGCGUAUACUACACCCUCGACAACAGUUUAACUGAGGACAUUAUUCUUGUGUAUAAGGAUCGUGGAUGUUGGGCAGAGCUAGGCAGGCACGGAGGAUGGCAGCUAAUUUCGCUCGGCGACAGCUGUGAAACG